CAAAAAGAGGCUCUCGGUGGAAUUCACGUAUAAGGCAACUCAAAGGUUCCGGCGAACUAAACCUUUAUUCCCGGAAUCGUUCACAGGAAGGCGAGGUUCCGGCUGCCAGGGGAGAUCGGCAGCCAAUUAAACGCGUUCUCCUCCACCUCCUCCUCCCUUCCUCCCCGCGGUCGCGCUGUCAUUCCCUCACGGGCACCGGUGCUCUGACAGAAAAGCCUCCCAAAAUGAAGAUCUGGGCGUCAGAGCACAUUUUCAACCACCCAUGGGAGACCGUGAUAAAGGCAGCUAUGCAAAAGUAUCCUAAUCCAAUGAACCCCAGCGUGUUCGGAGUGGAUGUUCUGGACAGGACUGUGGACAAAGAUGGACGGUUGCACAGUAAAAGGCUGCUGAGCACAGAGUGGAGUCUGCCAGCAAUGGCCAAGUCUAUCAUCGGUGUUACAAGGACCUGCACCUAUGUCCAAGAGCAUUCAAUUGUUGACCCAAAAGAAAAGACAUUUGAGCUCCAGUCCACAAAUAUCUCCUUCACAAACAUGGUGUCAGUGGAUGAGAGGUUAACAUAUAAGCCACACCCAGAAGAUCCAGCACGGACUGUGCUGACUCAGGAGGCUCUGAUCAGUGUGAAGGGUAUCAGUCUGAGCAACUACCUUGAGGGUCUAAUGGCCAAGACCAUCUCUGUCAACGCCAACAAGGGUCGUGAAGCGAUGGAGUGGGUCAUCAGGAGACUGAACACAGAAAUCGAGGAGUUGGCAGCCACGGCCCGAGGUACCAUGCGAGCUCCUAUGGCAGCCGCUGUUGCGGAUAAAUGAUCCGAGCGUUUAAUCUGAGCUGCCUCGUCGUGAACUUCUGGACCCAAAUCUAUGGGAGGUUGCAUUGAAAAAAAAAAUACAGCGUUGCACUGGACUUAAAACACACAACUUGAACUUUUGAUGUCAACAGCUCUUAAAAUUCACUAUGUGCCUCCAUAUCACAUCAUUUGUGUUUCAUCUCUCGACUCCAUUCUUUUUGUUUGUUUGUGUUUCGGAUGGCGAACUGACCGCUCAGAAUAGCAGACCAACAUUGAAAACAGUCAGCUGAAGACAUCUGGCUGAUCGGUUUAUCACGUACCAAACGGCUUCUGUUUUAAACUCGUUGUCCUAUUUAUUUCACUUCUGGAUCUGUAUACUUGAACUCUCUCACCUGUUGAGCAUUUCAUUGGCCGUAAUGCGGAGCUGAAUAUGUGCCAAUGUAGUCAUUGACAGUGGUACUAAUGAAGAACCUUUCGACGCAGUCCUCUUAUUUAUAGUGAAGUCCGGUGCCACAACAUUGAUCUGUGCAGCUGCUUCAUGUUUUGUAGUGUUGUUUGUCUGUAUAUGCCUCAAGGUCAACUUCCUGAAAUCGUUUCCAUACCUGCUUUUCUUUCUGCUGUCUGAGCUCCAUCCUUCCAGCUCCUCAGUGUCCAUCCUCACGCUGUCCUGUUUAAUAGUGUUUUUCUAUGGGGAACAUUAUCAAAGCCGCGGCUGUACAUAGGAUUAUUUAUAUCAUGGAUGUGUUACAUUCCAAGAAUGUGAAUAAUGUGAUGGAUGGCACGAGGAAAUGUUUUCAAAAAUAAAGAGAUUGUUUCAUGAGC